AUGAUAAAAUAUAUCAAAAUAUCACCAAUAAUUAUUUGUCUAUUGUUUUUAUUCUUACUAUAUAUAAGAAUAAUUGAUUCUAAAAAGGGUUCCAAAAACAUACAUGGCCCUACUGGAAAUAAAACACUACUUUUUUGCUACUCAUGUCAACAUUCUAAUAGCGAUGUUUAUGACCCUGAUAGUAAAGAUGAUUGGUGCUCAAAUGAAAAUCUCUUAAAAUUAGAUGACUCAGAUACAAUCAAACCUUGUGCCCCAUGGGAAUCAUUUUGUAUGACGACAGUUACUACAAUGUUGAAUUCAUUUUCAUCGAUCACCAGAAAUUGUGCUGAAAGAUGUAUGGAUUAUUGCGAAAGCGUUAGUUACGGCACAGAUAUGGUUACAUGUGGGGAUUGUUGCACUGUAAAUAAAUUGGUUGUAAAGGUUUUUAUUUAA